UUGAGUAAGGAAACAAUAUUUCCUUGAACAUAUCUUGUUCCUUUCUCUCAAACCAUCCCUUUCUUUCUCCUCUUUAUAUUCUUUUCCUCUAAGCACAAUCAUUCCUUCAGUGGAGUGGUUAUAUAAACUAGCUCUAAACAGUACUUGGGUCAUUGUCAUCUACAGAAAAGAAGCAUUUCUUUCAAUGGAUUCUCAGGUCAUGGUAGCUUUGGCUCUGUCUCUUGUGGGUGGAUUAAGCACUUCUAUAGGUGCGCUCUUUGUAAUUCUUUGUCAGACUCCCAAUUUGAAGAUGCUUGGGUUAUUACAGGGUUUUGCUGCAGGCCUGAUGCUGUGCAUAUCAUUCCUUGAUCUUGCUCAUAAUGCUAUCAAUUCAAUUGGAUUCUUAAAAGGCAACCUCUGGUUUUUUGGAGGUGUUGUAUUCUUUGGUAUCAUCGCCAAUUUUAUCCCAGAGCCAACACUUACCUCAAGCUUAGAUGUUAAAAGUAAAAAGAAAAAUGGUGACCAAGGGGGAAAGGACAUUAUGAAAAAGCAUCGUCGCCAAGUUUUGUUCAGUGGAAUUAUCACUGCAAUAGGAAUAAGCUUGCAUAACUUCCCAGAGGGAAUGGCAGUGUUCCUUGGAUCAAUUAAGGGCCUCCGUGUUGGUAUUAAUUUGGCUGUGGCAAUUGCUUUGCACAACAUUCCAGAGGGUGUUGCUGUUGCACUUCCUAUUUAUUUUGCAACACAGAGCAAGUGGCAGGCAUUCAAAUUAGCUACACUUUCUGGUUUGGCUGAGCCACUUGGUGUGGUGCUUGUAGCUUAUCUAUUCCCAAGCAGCUUGAGUCCUGAAAUUCUUGAGGGUUUGCUGGGAUCAGUUGGUGGAGUGAUGGCUUUCCUCACCUUGCAUGAAAUGCUGCCACUGGCAUUUGAUUAUGCUGGUCAGAAACAAGCUGUUAAGGCCGUAUUCUUUGGUAUGGCUUUCAUGUCUGCAAGCCUGUAUCUUCUUGAAAUCAGCCUACCUGAUGAGAUGAGCUUGUAGCUAUGGAUCAGCCAAAUCAACCUACAUAACAAUUUGUACAUUCCCAAACUAGAGCACUAGGCCAUCUUGCAUGGUGCCCGCUUAAUCUCGCCUUGACAUCCUAUAAUUCGACCACAUCAGUAGGCCAAACAGGCAGCAUUAUACUUACAGGAGAUUACAGCAGUUUCCAUCCUUAAUCAAUAACUCAAAAUUGUACUAACCUUCUUACUUUAGUUAAUGUGAAAAUGUAAGUGGGCAAGAAGAGUUGACAAGUGGGGAAAUUAUGGAUUGCGUAAUCUUCAAUGAAGUUCAUUUCAUUA